AUGGAGGCGAGGCUGAGCUGCCGUCACGUGACCGCCGGCGCCGCCUACCUGACGCUGAUGCCUCUGCGCCUGGAGGAGAUGUCGCUCGACCCUUACAUCGUCGUGUUUCGUGACUUCCUGACCGAGGCGCAGACCGAGGCCAUCAAGAGUAUUGCCAAGCCGAGGUUAACAACCUCAAGACACAGGGGCCCUGGAGGUAAUUUCAUCAGCAGUAUGGUACGAACUUCAAGCACAGCUUGGCUGCGAGAGAGCGUGGACGAUCGCAAGAAACUCCUGGUGAAUACGACGAGGAAGAUUGAGUUCGCGACGGGUCUCCACGCCCUCGAGUCUUCGGCAGGAGAGGAUUACCAGGUCGCGAACUACGGCAUCGGGGGCCUGUACGUGACUCACACAGACUACCUCAUGGUCAGCCCCGACCCCAGUGCCUACACGGCCUGGGAACACUUCAUGGGAGACCGCUAUGCAACGUUCAUGGUCUACGUGAGUCUUUAUCUGACGUGGAGGCGGGCGGCGCAACGGUGUUCCCCCGUGCGGGCGUGA